AUGCCAUCUACUGGAAAUUCAACAGAUUCCUCUCCUAGACGGAGAGCUCUUCACGAGCGCAGUCUAUCCCAAACGAACGAGACUUCUCCAUCUCCCUCCCUACGACUCGUCCGCAGCAAGGAUCAUGAGCAGGAAGGGCACGACCACUACGAUAUUUACUCGGCUACCCCGUUCCCGACCAAGCCGGAGCAUGUCUUGCUACCACGGCCAGGCAAAGGGCAAGAAUAUAUCCACUAUCCGGAGUCGCCAGCCGAUGAUUCGCUAGACCAGUCGACCGGUACACUGUCAUCGAAUAUUACCCGAGCCGCCGACAGUAGUUUUCUGGAUCAAUCUGUCACUGAUCCUUGGGACUUAUCAUCAACCAUUGAUGCCGGAAACACACCUUCUCAGGUAUGGGAAGAUGAUCCCAAAUCCAGCAAUUCUUCUUUGCCAGAACCAGUUCUCCCAGGUGAGAAGCCCGCCUACACCGGCUUCGAUGAUAGUUCAGUUGCCGCAUACUCGGACGAGGAAAUGAUGGUGCUGCCCACGGCGGCCCCAGGCAUCAAACCCGUGGUAUCGGAAACUCCAGGGCCGUCUCGCCAGCCAUCGGGGGCCCAGCAUAGUUCUUCUAGCUCGAGCCCUAAUGUUGUCACCAUUGGACCUCCGUCCAGUCCCAAUUUUGUGGCUCUCGAUAGCUCCAGCCUGAAUUUUGUCCGAAUAGGUGCCUCCUCGAACCCGGAUUCCGCGACGCGUUCUAACUCGCUCACCUCAUUGAACUCGAUGGGAACUGUGAUCCGUCAUAUCGGUGCCGCUCCGUGGACUCACGGCUCUUCUGAAGAACAUUUCAGCUCUCGUUCACACUCCUUCCGCUCCACUCCUCCGUAUCAUCCAUCAGUGCGAUCGAACUCGAACUCGACGCGUGGUCGUGGCCGCAGCCAUUCCCGCUCGCUCACAUCAUCUUCUCGCAGCGGGCCGCCAUCGGACUUCCAACCUAAUGUUGAUAGCGGUGUCUUCAUACAAUAUCCCACCAUCCUGGCGCCAUCAUCUUCGGGCUCGUGGGUUGAUACCUCACAAUCGGCAGGAUCGUCCGAGCACAAUAACCACGGCCUCACUACAGACCAGGCAUCAGACCGGUUCAAGUCCCACCUGUCGACUGUGACAUCGAGAUGGUCUGCGGAAUUUGAGUCGAGCUUCGCUUCUGGGGGGGAUGAACCCAGCGGGAUGUCCGCCGGUGAGCCUUCUAGGCCCACCACCGCACUUUUUCGACAGAGACCAGAGUCCUCUGCGUUGUGGUUGAUCAGUGAUUCUGAUAAAGAUGAGCAGUCAGAUCAUCUGUCGAAUCUACCCGCCCGUCCUGGAAAUCCCGCAGUUCCGAGUAGUCUUUCUUCGGAAUCGAGGAAAAGCAGCUUGCGAAGCAAUAAGCGACCGGGAACCAGCUCAAGCAUUGUGUACAAUAUGCUCCCGGCCUGGGCUAAGAUGUAUUAUUCGUUGGAUGGACAGGCUGUCAACCCUGCCUUGUCGGUCAUUGAUGGCAGUCGGCCACCGACUGCGCGCCCUGCUACCUCUAACUCCCAAGCUCUCCAGACAAUCCCGACAGCUCCAGCUCGGACGAGGGCUCGAACCAUGGAAAGUGUUCGUUGGAUAAGCCUGUAUGAUCCUCGAGAUCCUCGAAGCCAUUGGCUAAAAGGCCCUGAGACCGAUGCACGAUCGACCACACACCAUCGGUUACGGCACAGUUGGUCACCGCAUUUAUAUCCUGAUAGGCGGGUUGUUCGACGAAGAGGCAGUGCCUGGGCAGCGCCAUCCAUGGACUCUCGCACCGAGCCACUGCUGGGUCGGCGGAACAUUCAAGUCUGGUCGUUUUGCUUCGGUUUCGUGUUUCCAAUUGCGUGGUUCAUUGCCGCAUUCCUCCCUCUACCAGACAAGCCUAGUGCAGCACUAGAUGAGAAUGGACCUGAACUUGAGAUGGCGCUGAAGGUACGACUCCAUGAUCUGGAGCGAAGACGUUACGAAAAUGCGCGAUGGUGGAGGAAACUCAACCGAUGGAUGACUCCUCUAGGAUUGGCGAUCAUUAUCAUUGUUGUUACACUCGCUGCCGUAGGCACUACGGUGGGCUUCUGA